GGAAGUCAUGACAUGUCAGCACGUCCGAGGAAAAGAAACACUCUUCUUCCGCCGCCGCAACUCGUAAACGGUUAUAUUAUCAAAUGACUAUUGCACAAAUAAAUCAAAAUAAAUCACAACUACUUCGGCGUAAGUUUGAGGAAUGGCGCUCCGGUAAUAUCGCGAGUUUAGCUCGUCGGCGUGAAAUGAAGUGUUGCUACUUCCCCGGGAAAAGAAACGUGCCUGCACAAACGAAACCACAAACUUAAGUCUUUACUUGGCGACACAUUUACUUUAUUCAAGUUGUUGUCUGACACCGGUUUCAGGUAACCAGCUGCUUCGGAGUCCUGUUUACAGUCUGCAGCCCGAAAUGUAUGAAUGCUAUUGACGCUAGCUCGCUAGCUAGUCGACAUUAGCUAGCAGUUGUUUGAAAUCUAUCGCUGAUUUUAGCCAAAAAUAAAAAUGUCCGUGGAGAAGAGGACAAGCUGGAUACUGACUGGCGCUACGGUCGCUUGUGUCACCGCUCUGUAUGUGCCCUGCGUGCAAAGGACUGUCCCCGGCGGAGACUCAGGAGAGCUGAUCACCACUGCUUGUGAGCUGGGGGUGGCUCAUCCUCCAGGAUACCCUCUCUUCACCCUGCUAGCUCGCCUGGCUAUGUGUCUUCUGCCGUCCCUCUCUCCAGCCCACAGUGUCAACCUGAUGAGUAGCCUGCUGGGGGCUGCAGCUUGUGGUGCCCUCUGCAUUACUGUCUGCAGGUUGGCAGGUCCUGGUCCUGGAGCAGUGCUGGCUGGAGGGCUGUUUGCUGUGUCCAGGCUGAGCUGGCAGUGGUCCAUGGUGGCAGAGGUCUUCACCCUCAACAACCUUUUUGUUGGGCUGCUCUUCCUUUUGAUCACCUGCUUCCAUUGUGCUGAAAAUGCCACGCAAAGGAGGAAGGUUGCACGUUGGGGAGCACUAUGCUGUGGCUUGGGGCUCUGUAACCAGCACACCCUGGUGCUGUAUAUACUGGUCGUCAUUCCCUGGGUCUUUUACCGACUGUACUCUCAUAAGGAGCUGUCUUGGCGUGUCCUUGUAUCUCUGGGAUUGUGUUUCCUGGCUGGCUUUCUGCCGUAUAUCUACCUGCCCAUCUCCUCCUACCUCAACACAGCCCGGUGGAGCUGGGGGGAUCAGACCACUCUGUCGGGCCUGCUGACCCACCUGCUGAGGGCUGAAUACGGCACCUUCAGUCUGGCAAAGACUGAAAGCUCUGUGAACUUGACCACAAUGCUAAAGGCCCAGAUGGACCACUACGUUGCGGACCUUUCCCUUCCCGUUUUGGCACUGGCAGGAACAGGCCUGCUUCUCUCCGCAUGGGACAGGACGUGUCGCUCAGUGUCCUGGCUGUUGACUGCCAUGCUGGUGGUCUACUCCCUGUUUUUUGCUUGGAGAGCCAACCUGGACAUCAGCAGACCCCUACUGCUUGGAGUGGUUGAGCGUUUCUGGCUCCAGAGUGAUGCUGCAGUGUGUGUGCUGGCAGGCCUCGGUUUGAGCCGGACUCACACUGAGCUGGAGAGGAGGCUGGGCUGUGGGAGGGUGUGGAAGACCACAGGCUGGGUCCUCACUAUGGCUCUGCUGGCACAUAUGGUGCACACCAAUCACAGGGAGUGCGAUCAGAGCAGUAACAGUGUGGUGGAGAGGUUCGGCAGGGAGAUUCUGGCCUCCGUCCCAACAGACUCUAUCAUCCUGACCAGAGGAGAUCUGCCGGGAAAUUCCCUGCGCUACUUAUACUACUGCCAGGGUGUACGGCCUGAUGUACGCCUGGUUGACCAGGAGAUGAUGACAUACGCUUGGUAUGUGGCCAAGCUAGCGCAGCACCACCCUGGGGUCCACUUCCCCGGCCGCUGGUGGGACCCGGUCCACCCUGAGGAGAAGGACACCUUCAGUCUGGAGCAGUUUCUGUCCCACAACACACAGAGAGAUGUUAUUGCCUGCAUUGGGCUGCCAGAUGGAGAUCCAAGCUGGGAACGUAGCUUCUCUCGCUGGCCCCUGGGUGUGUGUGACUGCUUGGUGCCAGUUCAGAGGCAGUUUCACCCUGAACAAUGGGCUCAUCGGACUCGCAACAUCUACAACUGGAGUGAGCCACACAACAGUUUUUAUCCUGCGUCCUGGGAGCGUGUCGCUAAUGAGGAGAUGUGGCAAGCCAGGAUGAAGACGGCUUUCUUUCUGUUUGACCUGGCAGAAAGGAUGCAGGGAGAGGGGAGAGCUCGCCUCUUUGAGCUGUCUUACACUCUGUAUAAGGAGAUUGUGGAGGCCCACUCAGACUACCCUCCAAACUGGGACAAGAACUUGGCACUGGCCUGUGAGAGGCUGCUCCGCUCAGGUCACCGGGGCUACAGUCCAGACAGCCUGCUGACCUGUAGUGCCCAGCACUUUACUCUCUACUUAGAGAAGGAGCCCACAGAUCCGCAGGCUCCCGCCAUACGCUCAGCCAUUACUCACCUGCUCAAAGAGAGAGACAGGCUCCGCCAGAGGCAAACCCCAUGACAAGAUCCAGGGAGACCUACAUGGGGCUGGCACACUGUGGGUGUGCUGUGAGCCCAGGCGAAAUGUGAGGCAACAGGGAUGAAGUCUGAGCCAAUGUGCCCCUUCUCAUGGUUAUGAGGUGGUUUUCCAGAAGGACCCAGUGGUGUUUAGUUUUAUGUUUUGGCUUAAUGGACUUGGCCAAAUUGGACUUACAAAUUUAGAACUGGACUUGGGAGUACUGAUGCAGAAGUACUGGUCUCUAGUUGUGUAGUUAUCUAGCUUGUGCAGAUCUCUAGUUAUAGGACUCUGCACAAAGACUGGAGUGAAAAGGACUGAGCUAUGCUUCAUUUAAUGAAUGUUUACUGUUGACUAGGGACGGAGCUUCACUACAGGAAGCCUCGACUGACCCCAAUCAAGCUGUGCGUGUUCUCCCUAAACUCAACAUUUCGAUUGCUUUAUCGUUACAUCUCGUUCUUUUUUUUUCUCUCUUCCGCUGAUUAUUUUGCUUCUGCCACUGCUCUACUACUCUUUUUCCUCACAUUAGGAUGGCAAGGCAGAGAUUGAGGGAAACCCAAUUUGGGGGCAGAAAUGGGGGAUUAGAGCAGCUGUUUAAUCUAGGACAGCCUUGUGCUGUGCCACAGAGUCCUCACUACACACUACCAACACUACCCACCCACCCCUCUAUCCAUCCAUCAGUCUAUCUUAGAUGGUCCUUUAAAUGUUUAAAACUAAUGGAUUUGAUGAGUGUUUUUUUUCUCUCUCUCUUGCUUCCUAACCAGAGGGCUAUAAUCCCUCAUGGAUUUAAACGAAAUGUGAAAUGUCCCAAUGCCAGGGACCCUUUUAGAGGUGCGUUUGUGUGUGUGUGUGCGUGCUUGCAUGUGUGUUGAUUUGUGCUCACAUGCUCACGUGUGUGUGUGAACACGCUUAAAUCUCUGCCCAAGCCCUUUCCUCGCUGGAGCUGCAUAUAAACAUAGUCGAUAAACAGAUCGGCACACUGAAAAGCAAAGUGCUUUGAUCAUCAUAGAAGCACAAAGUCAUGCAAAGUCCGGGGACGCACGUAGACACGCAAGACCGCCAGCUCCCACGAAAAUGGACUUAUAGCCCUGUGGAUGCUGGAAAGGCAGUGUGGCAUGCAAACACAGCGAAGGGACCAGAAUCACUUGUCUUUGACGUGUUCUCAGGAUCAGACACCUCAGUUACACACAGUUUUUGUGAAUAUUGGUGCUGAUGUUAAUAAGCCUUGUGGCGUGAAAUUUGUUAAGCAGAGGUCAAACCAGUGUAUUGCCAUACGCUUUAUGGAACACUUCUGAAGGAGCCUGCUAUUUGAGAUACCACUAGAAAGAGAAGGACAGGAAGUGCAUGUGCAGUUUUCUCGGAAUGUAAUCUGCCCUCUCUGUUUGCAGGCCUGGUUAGCGACUGUCAGCCGGCUGGAUGAUGAGAUUCAACCUGCUGUAGCACAGAUGGUUUGGUUUCUCAUAAAAAAAAAGGGAAAACUGUCACUCUGCUUUCCACAGAUUAAAAAUUCCAAUAAAGACUUUGU